CACUUCCUCACACUGUCGGGAGCUUAUAUUUAUUUUCCUCCCUAGGCUUGUCAAAUCAAGCAGAAUUUGGAAUGAAUCGAGCAGCAGUCGGCUCCGGGGUCGGAGGUGGUUGCGAAGCGAUCCUCCCCACAUCUCUUCUCACCGCCGCGCCUCCCUCACAGCACCCCAUUACCGUGACUGAACGGCGUCCGGCAGCUCCAGGCCUCAGCCACCUGCUUCCUCAGGAUUUCUUCAGUGACAGCGUCCGAAAAUUCUGCCGCUACCUGCUUCUUUCCCUUCUUCAUUGGCCGCGCUGGGCCGGGAUCUGCCGGCCGUUUCCCGUUCAUCUUCUCACCAUGCACAGACUCACGCCGAGGAAGUCAGGACGCUACUUCCCUCCAGAAACUACAGUUCCCGAAGAUCCUCUUUCCUUAGUUCCCGAGCAUUGCCCAAUGGAAAGGCACUAAAGCAUGAGUAGGCGGAAUCUAUACACAAGUAACUAAUGGGAGAUCAAGAUAUUGCGUCACGCUGCCAGCAAUUGGUCGAAUGGUCGCGGGAAUGCCUCCCAGCUUCCUGCCGCCGGAGCGUAUUCACUUCCGGCGUGUGUUCCGCUCCUCUUGCUCUCGACUGUUAAUGGCGGGCGGUGGCUGCUGAGCGGGACGCAGAUAACCGCUGCCCGCCCCGCGGUCGUCUCCCCGGGCCCCCGUUUUCUACAAGUCCCCAGUGUCGGAGCUAUUCAGCAUGUCUGUGGUGCCGCCCAAUCGCUCACAGACGGGCUGGCCCCGGGGGGUCAACCAAUUCGGCAACAAGUACAUCCAGCAAACCAAGCCCCUCACCCUGGAGCGCACCAUUAACCUGUACCCACUUACCAACUAUACUUUUGGUACAAAGGAGCCCCUCUAUGAGAAGGACAGCUCUGUGGCGGCCAGAUUUCAGCGCAUGCGGGAAGAAUUUGAUAAGAUUGGGAUGAGAAGGACUGUAGAAGGGGUUCUGAUCGUACACGAGCACCGCCUGCCCCACGUGCUACUGCUACAGCUGGGAACAACCUUCUUCAAACUACCUGGCGGUGAACUUAACCCAGGAGAAGAUGAAGUUGAAGGACUAAAACGCUUAAUGACAGAGAUACUGGGUCGUCAAGAUGGAGUCCUGCAAGACUGGGUCAUCGAUGACUGCAUUGGGAACUGGUGGAGACCAAAUUUUGAACCUCCUCAGUACCCGUAUAUUCCUGCACAUAUAACAAAGCCCAAGGAACAUAAGAAGUUGUUUCUGGUUCAGCUUCAAGAGAAAGCCUUGUUUGCGGUCCCUAAAAAUUACAAGCUGGUAGCUGCACCGUUGUUUGAACUGUACGACAAUGCGCCGGGAUACGGACCCAUCAUUUCUAGUCUUCCUCAGCUGUUGAGCAGGUUUAAUUUUAUAUACAACUGAACUUCUCCUGUACACAGAAGUAAAAGAAGCCGUCUCUGUGAGCACAGCUUACACAUGUAGAAGAAUAACUGUAGAACAAGUUUUGGUUUUCUCUUGUUCCCUAAAUUGCUACCACCUUCCUGUUUGAAGAGUAAAAUUAAUAUGAACUAGAUAGUGGUAUAAACAUGUGACAGUGUUCAUUAACUUUUGGUUCUUAUACAUUUUUUUUGUACAUUAAAAAAAGUGAAUUUCUUAUUUGUAUUUUUUUUUUUUUUAAGUUUCUCAUUAAACUCUGAAAAGUCUUAUAGCUGAGGAUCCUUUUUUCCCUGCUUCAGUCUGGGGGAUGUUAAAACAUGAUCAUGGUUAGAUAAGGGGAGAUUGUGGGCCUCCUGCUCCAGUAGUGUUGUAAGCAUAUGGUCCUAGACUGUUACAAGUGUUUGUCAUGAGGACUUUCCAUUACUCUGGGGAAUUAAAUUAAUCUGAUUCAGUCCAAGGUGCAAUGUGUACCAAACUACACUGUUACAAAGACUCCCCAGUAUUUUUUCUGAUGAGUAUAUUUUAUAACUCUCUAGGCCUUACUUUAUAAGUCAAGACAUUAAACAUUUGGGAAACCAUUAAGAAUAGGUUAGCAGAGAAACCAUUGGGAUUGGUAUAAAAGUCUGUCUACAACUCAUGGCAGUAUUUUGCUUCGUGUAAUGGGAUAGUGAUUGUUUGCUGUGAAAUUGCUUCUUACUGAGUGAGCCAUGCAGAAUUACAUGAGAUUACAGAGUUAACACUUGUGGGAAUCUGAGGUGAUGUAUGCAUAAUGAUAAAAAUCAUGAUUUUAGAAAGCAGCAAAGCUUUUCUAAGUACUUUAGAAUAGGCUGGGUGUGGUGGUACACGCCUGUAAUCCCGGCACCAGGGUACCUAAAGCUGGAGGACCAGGACUCUGUAGCUGAGAUACUUAGCAAGUCCCUACCUCAAAAAUAAUAGAAACAAAGAAUAGUCUGAAUCAACUGGAUUGUAGAGGUCAGGACAGGGUUUGUCAGCCUAAGGAAAACAGCAACUUUAAACUUUAUACUGCCUGUGCAGUCAGGAUGAAAUUAUGGGAGUAACGUUUUAAGACAAAGAUGGUUGAGAGUGGAGGCACAUAUCUUUGAUCCCAGCACUCCAGAGGUGAAGGCAAGCAGAUCUCCCAAGUUCCAGGCCAGCUAUGGGGACAUAGUGAUGCCCUACCUCAACAAAGGACUGGAGAGUUGUUCUUGCAUAGGGCUUGGACUUGGUUCUAAGCACCCACGUGGUGGCUCACAGCCAUCUGUAAUUCCCGUUCCAGAGGAUCUGACACUGACCUUGGGCACCAGGUAUUCAUGUGGUACAUAUACUUACAUGAAGGCAAACAUUCAUUAAAACAAUCUGAAAAAAAUGGGUAAAGGACUUGGCUGAUUGUGUCAUUGUGGUCGCCAUAGUUGCCUUAUCACAGUCUUGUUGGCUGUAGGCUCAAUGUAGUGAAAGAAAAGUUACACAAGAGGUAGCCAGUUUAACUUUUUAAUAGGCAGAAAUAAGCUUGGUUAGUUCCUACACUUUUAUGCUGUCUAACACAAGGUAUGUGUCCUAGAUAUUGGGCAAAAGCAAAUGUAAAUAUUUUCUUCCCAUUUAGCUUUGACAAUUAGGUCAAGAGUGGUUGAGGAAUUAAACCCAUUUAAGUUUAUUUAGAGUCAUCUGCAAUGUCUAACCAUGCCCAGACUUGGUAAGCACUAGUCUUCAUGACCAAGAGUGACAACUGUUGUCCUCUGAAAAGCCACUAGUUCCUUGAAUAUUCUUCUCAUCCGGGAGCCAACAGUUUUGCCCUAGUCUUUUAUGUAAGCACAUUCCUAUUUAGCAUGGGCUCAUUAAGAGUCUAGCUAGUCCUUCAGACUGGGGAGGGUACACGUGGAGCUACGUUGACUAGGCUCUCUGUACUGUUGGGCCCCCGGAUUCAGGUGGGAAAGUGGAGAGGGGUGAAUGUCCUAUCAGAGGUUAAGAGUGCUGUCAGAAAGCAGUGCUUGAAGAGUCAAUUCUGAUUGCAACUUAAGCUAUGACUCAAAGUCUUUGAACUGUAAUGCUUGAGCCAGUCAUUCAUAUUCCGAGACCUUUGAUUUAAGUUACCUGCUGUUCUAACCAUGGCAAGUGGGUGCUGGGAAUCCAGAUUCCUGUCCCUGAAGAGCAGCCAGCAGUCAGUGCUCUUAAAGGCUGAGCCAAGUCUCCAGACCCUCCUGGUUCUUUAAGGUGGUCCAUAAGAUGUUGAGAGUCUAGUGGCUAUUAUCUCUCAAGGGCACCUUACCUGGUUCCUGCCUGGUGAUCUGUCCCAAGCUGUGGCUUUUAUCUGCUCAGUUCUCUUGGCUUUGGUCUGUCUUAUCCAAUGUACCAAUGGGUACAUUGAACUUGCUGUUCUGGAAUCCAAGUUGGCUGCAAGUUUAUGACAGUGACAUAUUUGUGCCUUCAGCUCCCCAGACUUAAGAGCUUUUUACUAAUUCUUAGUGUUUGGAACUGUAUGUGGGUUGCUGACUGCUGCAGAGAAUUUUCAGUUUUAAAGAAGCUUAGCUUCUGUAGCUUAAUAUUAGAUUUUCCAACACAUUCCACUUGUUUUCUGUCACUUACAUGGGUUAGACUGGACUCACUUGAGUUUGCCUCUGUUUAAAUACAAGCUGGAAAAUUGAUCUGGAGCCAUUAAAUUUACCUGUUAGCUCAUAUAACACAUAUGGCUAUUUUGAGGGGGAAAAAAAACCAACCAAAUAUAUCAAGAUUAAGCCAGUUAAGUCCACUUUGUAUUUUAGUGAGGAAUUAAGGCUAGAGCUAAGUUAGAGGAAAUACAGAAAUUAAACUGCUCCAUCGAGAGAAGAGCAAUCUGUUGAGAAGCAAAACCUUUGGCUAGGGCUGCUGCUCAAUGGGAGAGGCUUGCCUAGAAAGCUCUGUGUUCAAUCCAUGUGUCCGCCAAACAGAAAAGUUGGUUAUUAUGCUCAUGUAUGGUAUACAAGCACCAUUUAUAGUUGUGGCUUUGAGAACUUAAACCUGGUCUGUUUAUAGGAUUGUAUACAGAAACUGGAGUUUUGGGUUAUGUUUUUUAUAUUUGUAAAGCAAAAGUUUGAUCAAAAUGAUCAUUGUUCUUUUUAAAAACUUUAUUUCACUGUUAUUUCAAUAAAAACAUUUAAAACUGAA